UUAAAGUAAAAAAAAAAAAAAAAAAAUAGUAAAAGUAGUCCAUCUAGAGGGAGAAAAGGGGAAAAAACAAAAAGAAUUUUAUUUCUCCUGAGGGCAAUGAGAAGUGCAGUUUCUAAGUAUCUUCCAGCUCAGAGAUCUUCAAUUAAAUGGUCCCAAAUGGCAUCUACCUAUCAUACUUUGAGAGAGCCUGUUCUGUUGAUUAGGAGCAAAAAAAUGUCCUCUUGGAUGUUUAUGGCCUGGGUUUUUCAUUUGGGCAACUCAAAUGCAGGUUCCUUCCAGGACCACAUCCAUGCUACUGGCUGGCUGAAAAAUGGCUUCACGGCUCUCACGAGGGGAAUACAAAGCAUGGAGUGGUGGCUGCGAGCCUGUCUGCAGGGCCAGACCUCAGAAAAGCAGAGGACUGUAAAUGUUUCAUAAACUUCUCUCUGGGUGCCUGCGCUGGCUGAGAGCCCAUUCAUAAGCCCAGGCGGCUGAGGGGCAGGUAUUGUGCCGGUUACUAUAGCAUCACCUUGGAAAGGCUCAAUUGGUGAGAGCCGCAGGCGAGCUGGGGUGGGGCAGGAGGGGGACGCGGCUGGCUGGAGGGACUGGCGCUAGGCCACGGAUGCUGCUGCUGGUCUCAGGACUUCUGGUGGUCCGGAGCUCACGCUAGCGUCCCCAGCUGCAGCCUAGGGAGGGAGGCUGCGCUCAGUCUGAGAGUGGCUGCUGCAGAGUGUGUGGCUUUUGCAAGGGGCUGAAUUCCCAGCCAGACACCCCUUGGCUGCCUUUUUGGAGGGGUGGGGCAGAGAGAGGAGGGAGUUGUCUCAUCUUGGAAGAUCUGGGCUGGGUUUCAUCUCCUUUUUGAUUUUGAGUGGUUCCCUCCAUGAGAACUGACUUCCAGGUGUUCGCCAAGGGAAACAAGGUGCUCCCCACACUGGAAAUGAGAAAGGAUAACAGUUUUUGAGACUGACUGUUAACGGCUCAGAGGUGCCCCUCAUUCAAAAUGCCUUUUAAAGCAUUUGAUACCUUCAAAGAAAAAAUUCUGAAACCCGGGAAGGAAGGAGUGAAGAACGCCGUCGGAGAUUCUCUGGGAAUUUUACAAAGAAAAAUCGAUGGGACCACUGAGGAAGAAGAUAACAUCGAGCUGAAUGAAGAAGGAAGGCCAGUGCCGACGUCCAGGCCGAGCCCCCCACUCUGCGACUGCCACUGCUGCGGCCUCCCCAAGCGUUACAUCAUUGCUAUCAUGAGUGGGCUGGGAUUCUGCAUUUCCUUUGGGAUCCGGUGCAAUCUUGGAGUUGCCAUUGUGGAAAUGGUCAACAACAGCACUGUAUACGUUGAUGGAAAACCGGAAAUUCAGACAGCACAGUUUAACUGGGAUCCAGAAACAGUGGGCCUUAUCCAUGGAUCUUUUUUCUGGGGUUAUAUUAUGACACAAAUUCCAGGUGGUUUCAUUUCAAACAAGUUUGCUGCUAACAGGGUCUUUGGAGCUGCCAUUUUCUUAACAUCAACUCUGAAUAUGUUCAUUCCUUCUGCGGCCAGAGUGCAUUACGGAUUCGUCAUGUGUGUCAGAAUUCUGCAAGGUCUAGUGGAGGGUGUGACCUACCCAGCCUGCCAUGGGAUGUGGAGUAAGUGGGCACCACCUUUGGAGAGAAGUCGAUUGGCCACAACCUCUUUUUGUGGUUCCUAUGCGGGGGCAGUGGUUGCUAUGCCCCUGGCUGGGGUGUUGGUGCAGUACAUUGGAUGGUCCUCUGUCUUCUAUAUUUAUGGUAUGUUUGGGAUUAUUUGGUACAUGUUUUGGCUGUUGCAGGCCUAUGAGUGCCCAGCAGCUCAUCCAACAAUAUCUAAUGAGGAGAAGACCUAUAUAGAGACAAGCAUAGGAGAGGGGGCCAACGUGGUUAGUCUAAGUAAAUUUAGUACCCCAUGGAAAAGAUUUUUCACAUCGUUGCCAGUUUAUGCAAUCAUUGUGGCAAAUUUUUGCAGAAGCUGGACCUUUUAUUUGCUCCUUAUAAGUCAGCCUGCUUAUUUUGAAGAGGUCUUUGGAUUUGCAAUAAGUAAGGUGGGCCUCUUAUCAGCAGUCCCACACAUGGUUAUGACAAUCGUUGUACCUAUUGGAGGACAAUUGGCUGACUAUUUAAGAAGCAGACAAAUUUUGACCACAACUGCUGUCAGAAAAAUCAUGAACUGUGGAGGUUUUGGCAUGGAGGCAACCUUACUCCUGGUGGUUGGCUUUUCCCAUACCAAAGGGGUGGCUAUCUCCUUUCUGGUGCUUGCUGUAGGAUUUAGUGGCUUUGCUAUUUCAGGUUUUAAUGUCAACCACCUGGACAUUGCCCCCCGCUAUGCCAGCAUUCUCAUGGGGAUCUCAAAUGGAGUGGGAACCCUUUCUGGAAUGGUCUGUCCCCUCAUUGUCGGUGCAAUGACCAGGCACAAGACCCGUGAAGAAUGGCAGAAUGUGUUCCUCAUAGCUGCCCUGGUGCACUACAGUGGUGUGAUCUUCUAUGGGGUCUUUGCUUCUGGGGAGAAACAGGAGUGGGCUGACCCAGAGAAUCUCUCUGAGGAGAAAUGUGGAAUCAUUGACCAGGAUGAAUUAGCUGAGGAGACAGAACUCAACCAUGAGAGUUUUUCGAGUCCCAGAAAGAAGAUGUCUUAUGGAGCCACUGCCCAGAAUUGUGAAGUCCAGAAGAAGGAAUGGAAAGGACAGAGAGAAACGACCCUUGAUGAGGAAGAGCCAACAUUCUACCAGAAUGAAGAGAGAAACUUCUCAGCUACGUCCUAAUGUCUGAGGGGCACUGCGACAGGGAAAA